AUGUCGUUUAUGGAUACAGCCGAUACUCCAUCCAAUACACAAAGCUAUGUGCUAUGGAUCCUCUUAGAAGGAGAUGAGGAACCUGUGAAAUAUAAUUUUAAUUUUGGCCCUGACAUUCAGGACCCUAACUUGAAUGAUCUCAAAGCCAAACUCCCUCCUCUAGUUGACGAACUGAAGAAUGUCAAACCUAAGGACAUUCACUUCUUUCACUUUGAUGCGCGCAUCCACCCUAUUCACUCAAACGCCUUACUCCAGGAUAUACAGGCGGACAAUGCUUUCAGUAACCCACUUGUCGUUAGGUACCCUCUAUCUAAGGCACAAGUUGUCGCUCACUGUCAACUAUCAAUUCAGCGAUUUAAUGGACGGGUGGGUCACUCAACUGGAGCUUGGUAUCUUCUUCGCAAGCAAGCUGAAGACAAAUUUGAAGAAUUGCGUGGGGCGGACUAUUGGUUUAUUGAAAAUAGAUCAGAUGGUACGAAAGGAGAGGAAUUGAAAGAUGAAUUUCAGUUCAAUGGUUGGCUCGAUGACGUUCCCAAAACAAACAGAUCGAAGAUCAUUAGUCUUUCGAUAAAAGUCGAAGGGAUGAGGUCUUAUAGUGACUGGAACUUGGGUGACAUUACUCAUGCUCUCACUGGAGUUAGGAUAGACGUGUUUCCAUAA